CUUACCCCCGGCCCGUGUGAUCGAAGAAAAGCAAAGAUCGGCUGAUAUUGGCUACAUGGUCGCUGGAGACGUUGCACCUUGUGAAGGGCGUGCCCUCCGCUCCGCCGGCGCUCCGCCACAGUUUGAUCAGCUCUCGCAGGUCGGCUGUUUCGGUGUUUGUUCCGAGCCGCGGAGGAGGGGUGUGGUCCUUCUUUAAAUCUCGAAGUGCUGAUCAUAUUUCCUCCAAAUCCCCCUCUCCGGCUCUGGUAGAUUGCAUUCCUCUCCGCCACCCUCUCUGCUGCUCCAGCUGCGAUCCUCCCGAAAUGGUAUUCAAAAGUAUUCCGUUUUUUGUCCUUCUGGCCAUCGUCUUGAUAAAUGCUGAAGAAAUGAGAAGCAAGUCCAAGAUUUGUGCCAAUGUGUUUUGUGGUGCUGGGAGGGAAUGUGCCGUGACAGAGAAGGGUGAACCCACAUGCCUGUGCAUUGCAGAAUGCAAACAUCACAAGAGGGUGGUUUGUGGAAGCAAUGGGAAAACUUAUCGUAACCACUGUGAACUUCAUCGUGAUGCAUGUCUGACUGGAAUGAAGAUUCAGGUCUCUCAUGAUGGGCAUUGUGAAGAAAAAAAGAAUGACAAAGCAACGGCCAGCAGUCCAGUUGUUUGCUAUCAGUCAGAUCGGGAUGAGCUUCGGCGCCAUGUCAUGGAAUGGCUAGAGACAGAAAUUGUUCCUGAUGGGUGGUUCUCCAAGGGCAUCAACUACACAAACAUUCUGAACAAAUACUUCAAGAAUUAUGAUGAUGGUGACUCCUACCUAGAUUCUAAUGAGUUCCUGAAAUUCAUUGAGCACAACGAGACUGCUGUCAACAUCACCAUGCGCUCUGAGGAAGACGAAACCAAACUUCUUCGGGGUCUGUGUGUGGAUGCACUGAUUGAGCUGUCUGAUGAGAACGCUGACUGGAAACUCAGCUUCAAUGAAUUCCUCAACUGCCUGAAUCCUGGUUUUGUCCCUCCUGAGAAAAAAUGUGCCUUGGAAGAUGAGACCUACGAGGAUGGAGCUGAGACUACAGUGGAAUGUAACCGAUGUGUCUGUGCCUGUGGCAACUGGGUGUGUACUGCCAUGACCUGUGAUGGCAACAAUAAGAACAUCCCUGAGGAGCAGCCACACGCAACUGCAGAUGAUGAAAUGACUGAAGAGGAAUGGACAAAAUAUGUUCAAGAGCUCAACAAACAUCAGGAGACUGCUCAGAAGACUAAGAAGGCAAAUGUUAAAGACAUCUAAAAAUGCAGCGAUUGGCAGAGAAACAAAGUUGAUUUUUUUCCCUCAACGUGUUUCUCUACAUUCAGCCGACCAGAAAAUACUUGGAACUUCAACAAUCACUACUAAAUAUAUACAUACACAUUACAAACAGUAUUUUGGGGUUUUUUGCUGGGGAUGGAGGGAGUCCUUGGUGUUAUUCAAAAGACUUCUUAUAAAUGUACUGUAACAUUAAAAAGAGCUAGCCAUAAAUUAUAUACUGUUGGUUUCAGUUGCAAUAGCUAUAUAGUCCUGUGAUAGAAGAUGGUGGGAAACGUCUCCACAUCUCUCCUUUUUUAAUUACCUAUGUUCCUCUGCUUUGCACAUACAACUAGAAGUGGAGUCUCCCUGAGAUAGCACUCCAGAUCAAAAUUCUAGAUAUUAAAGCUCUCCAGCAAGUCUAAACACAUGUAUGCAAUUUGAGCAGAAUGAUAGGAUAAGGUAAAUGGUUUUUAAAAUUAGAACACGCAAAAUUUGUGGAUUUAUGGUGAUUUUAUCUAAUAUAAUCUAGGGACAUGGAGCUAAAGUUUUAUUGUUCCUUGGUGCUCUUUGAUAACCAAAGUCUUCAAUAGACCUAGAAUUGUGGUGUUAGGAAGAAAACAUUUGGUGUUGGAAGUAAAAAUAAUAAUCUAAGAUAUUAGUCUUCAUAAUAUGUUUAAUACAUAUUUAUAAUGUGAUUGAAAAAACUGCAAUGUCUGUGUGGUUGUGGCUGUGUCCCAGUUCAGAAACUUUCCAAUUUAUUUUUUUGGUGGUUCAUCUAUCAUCACAGUGGGAAGGAAUCUUUACCUGCCUGACAAUUGAAUCUCUCUCUCAAGCAAACUUUGUGAGGUCAAUCUUUAAGAGGGCCUCUGUCUGUGCCAUGGAGCACAGGGUGAUGAAGAGAAAUCAGCCACUGCAAGUUUCUGAGUCCUAUUGCAGUCUAAAGGGACCAUCGUACUCCAUGCAGAGAAAAUCUAUUUAACAUGUAGAGUGGCAUCAAUCGCCUCUCAGCCAUUCCCCAGCAUGAGCCAUUUUUAAUAUUUUAAAGACUUCUACCAUCCCAAGCAAAACUUGAUACAAGUAACAUCCUGACAUUACCAGCAGUUAGUGCUGUCAUGCUAGUGAUGACACAUGACAAAAUUUUAUCAUUACUGCAACAUUUGCCUCCAGCUGGAUGUUUUUGGUUGUGGUCUUUGGUAUCUGGCACUAUUAGUUGGGAUUAGAAUUAGUGUCACCAGAAGAUGUUACUCAGAGUUAGAUCCACCCAAACUGUCUGUAGGUCAUGCAGAGGAAACAUAACUACAGCCAUUGCACCCCCCGCCCCCAAAAGGUUUACAAGCACUCAACUGACAUUUCAAAAAGGUGCUACAUUCCUUCUUUCCUUUUAUUUUAUAUAUGAAUUUUAUGAUACAUGCAGCUUUUUUAUAACCUCUGGAGUGUCUUAUUUUUAUUUAAACAUGUCAAAAAGAAAAUCUACAUUGUUGAACAUAGGUUUGAUUACCUGAGGAUAGAUUGAAAAUCCUGUACAAGUUGGUGGUGGCAGACUAUAGUGUGUGACAGCAGGAUGAAACUGCUUUAUAUGAAUAUGAUUUGGAGCUGCUGAAAUCCACUUAUUGAUAAACCUAUAAAAGGGAAAUUGUAUGUCAGUAAAAACUGUUAUUUCCUCAGCAUUUGGAAGAGAGUAUUCAGCAUUAUAUAAAACCUUAAACUGAUUAGAAUAAAGAGUUCAAUGUAAGUUUUAUUAUUGGUGGGAAGCAAUGACAUAUUUAACAUAAUAUGAAUCAAUGUCAUUCCAAAUAUAUUCCACGUUUGAAUUGAAUAUUUGUUAACAAAGGGUUAAUUUUUCUGAUCUCUCUUCUAGUAUCAAGAAUAAAACCACUCCAUCCAAAUAAUUAACAACAGGCAUGUCAGUGACUUGAAUUGCCGUAGAGUACACCAUGCAAAAAUUACAGUGGUGAAAGAAAAAGCAAACGAGGUAGCUGAGGACAAUUCCAAAAAUUCUUAUAAGUAAUAUCCAGGUUACUCAAGCUAAAAUCAGAUUCAAGGGGAUCAGAUCAAUUUCUUCAUGUAGGAGAACCUUUGAGGGAAUCUCAAAGAAUCAUGACCCAUAAUUAGGAGGAUGCUUAAAGUGAGGAAUGUCAUAUUUCAUGUUUGGGUUCACAGAUUAAACUGAUAAAAGUAUGAUACAGUUUGUUUUUGAUAUUAUCCUCUGAAACUGGUUCACCAUGUUAAUUAAUCUGAUUGAAUAUAAACCAGGCAAAUCACCCCUCCCCAAACUUGAUCAAAGAAAUAAAGAUCAAACCCAAAUGAAAUAUUUAAUCACUUUCUGCACCCCAACAUUAUGAAGUAUUAACUUGCCCAGUUGUUUGCAUAGUGUGUUUCUUAUUCUCACUGUUGUUAUUGUUAUAGGCUUAGACUGUAUUUCUUCUACCUUCUCUUGAACUACUACUUUAUUGAAAACACAUGUGGAACCAUGUAUACCCAUCACUGAACUAUCAUAAUAGGGUUUCAUUUAUCAUAGUUUUUUUGUACUUACCACCAUUUUUGGAUUUAAUGUCAAUAAAUUUUCCAACAAAA